AUGAGAAACACCCAUAAACCCCGCACUACGGGGGCGCGUGGUGGUGGCGUUGGCUUUUAUGUGAGAAAAGGAUCACGAGUGCGAGUGAGGCCCCAUUCUGACUCUUUACUGGAGCAGUUAUGGUUGGAACUCUCUCUGACUGGCAGGGGACGUCUGGCGAUUGGUACAGCUUAUAGGCCGGAAUCUAUCUCAGUGGAAGCUGCUAUCGAGGGUCUGAGCGAAUCAGUGAGUAUGUUUUCAUAUUGUAAGCAUCUUCUUCUUUUGACUGAUUUUAAUGUUGACUUUCUGCAACCUGAUAAACAAUCUACUCGUGAGGUACGCAACUUUCUUACACAACACAAUUUGGAGAUGGUUGUUCGGGACCCUACUCGCAUUAGCAGUAGUUCCGCAUCACUUAUAGACCUGAUUAUAACUGAUUCACCCAGAAUGUGCAAGAGUGUUAGUGUUCAUCAUAAUCCGGUUCUCAGUGAUCAUGCAAUGAAUACCUUAAUUAGGAUGGCUGUUUCUGCAAAAGCGAAAAUAUGUGGCGUUUUCUUUUUCACCACUUUCUUGGUCACCGUGAAAGCCCAGUCGUUCUCUAGCUUAAAUACAGAAGAGUUGUCUACAAAUCUAGGUGAAGUUGAAUCCAGAGAGACUGGCGCAGAGUUAGAGUUCCGCUACCACAACCACGAGCAGAUGACCAAAUAUUUGCGGGCCGUCUCCGCAAAGUACCCAUCACUGACAGCGCUGUAUUCCAUCGGUAAAUCAGUACAAGGAAGAGAUCUAUGGGUGAUGGUGGUGUCUUCAUCUCCGUAUGAGCACAUGAUCGGCAAGCCUGAUGUCAAGUACGUGGCGAACAUUCACGGAAACGAAGCCGUCGGUCGCGAACUACUGCUGCACCUUAUACAACAUCUAGUGACAUCAUACGACACCGAUUCUUACAUUAAAUGGUUAUUAGAUAACACUAGGAUCCAUUUGAUGCCGUCUAUGAAUCCGGACGGCUUCGCGAUCUCGAAGGAAGGCCAGUGUGACACUACGUAUGGCAGACAAAACGCACGCCGGUACGACUUAAACAGAAACUUCCCUGACUACUUCAAGGCGAACACAAAGCAACCACAACCGGAGACAGAGGCUGUGAAGGAGUGGAUUAGUAAAAUUCAAUUCGUGCUCUCCGGAUCGUUACACGGCGGCGCUCUCGUUGCCUCAUAUCCAUUUGACAACACACCCAGUGCCAUAUUCCAAAGCUACGCGCACACGCCCUCCAUCGCACCCGAUGAUGACGUGUUUCGUCACCUGUCGCUCGUUUAUUCUAACAACCAUGCCAAGAUGUCACGUGGAGUUUCCUGCAAGUCUGGCUCGCCCAGGUUCGAAAAAGGCAUCACUAAUGGAGCUGAAUGGUACCCACUUACAGGCGGUAUGCAAGAUUACAAUUAUCUAUGGCAUGGAUGUAUGGAAAUCACUCUAGAAAUCUCUUGCUGCAAAUACCCACCGGCACAUGAACUGCCGAAAUACUGGCAAGAUAACAAACAGGCACUGAUAAAGUACGCGGCCGAGGCUCACCGCGGCGCGCAUGGUUUCGUGAUGGAUGAAAACGGGAAUCCGGUUGAACGAGCCUCCAUCAUAGUGAAAGGGCGUGACGUCACAUACCGUACCACUAGAUACGGAGAAUUUUGGCGCAUACUGCUGCCUGGCACUUACACAGCCGAAGUCACCGCAGAAGGAUAUAUACCUCAAACAGCGGAGUUCAUUGUUGUAGAGAACCAUCCCACGCUUUUAAAUAUAACGUUACGUUCAGCCAAGGGUUAUAAGACUCCAACAGCUGAUUCGAAGACUGCCAGCACAAUCAAGAGUGUCGAGUUGUUGCCUACAGUGAAUAACAUAUCUACUAUCGCCGACAAAACUGAAGGAGCUAUUGUGUUCCCUGAAGACUGA